UUCCUUCUUUUUUCCCUUCCUGCUCCCCAGCUGCUGUAGGGAAGCCCCCAAAGCUUCUCGGCAGAGCAGGGGAGUGCUGCCACCUUCCUCCCUGUUGGCCCAGCAGCUUCCACAGCGCGUGAUCCAUCGAGCGGAGGGGGAGAUGCCGGACGCCGCCGCCCACCUGCCCUUCUACUACGGCAGCAUCGCGCGCUCGGAGGCCGAGGAGCACCUGAAGCUGGGCGGGAUGGCGGACGGGCUGUUCCUGCUGCGGCAGUGCCUGCGCAGCCUGGGCGGCUACGUGCUCUCCAUGGUGUGUGACCUGCAGUUCUACCACUACCCCAUCGAGCGCCAGCUCAACGGCACCUACGCCAUCCUGGGGGGCAAGGCGCACUGCGGCCCCGAGGAGCUCUGCGAGUUCUACUCUAAGGACGCCGACGGGCUCUGCUGCCCCCUGCGCAAGCCCUGCAACCGCCCCAGCGGGGUGGAGCCCCAGCCCGGUGUCUUUGACAGCAUGAGGGACAACAUGGUGCGGGAAUACGUGCGGCAGACCUGGAAACUGGAGGGAGAUGCCCUAGAACAGGCCAUCAUCAGCCAGGCUCCCCAGGUGGAGAAGCUGGUGGCCACCACAGCCCACGAGAGGAUGCCCUGGUACCACGGCAACAUCAGCCGGGAGGAGGCGGAACGGAGACUCUACUCGGGGGCACAGCCUGAUGGGAAAUUCCUGCUGAGAGAAAAAAAGGAGAACCGUGCCUACGCCCUGUCCCUCGUCUAUGGCAAGACCGUGUAUCACUACCGGGUGGAUCACGAUAAAUCUGGGAAAUAUUCCAUUCCUGAAGGCACCAAAUUCGACACACUCUGGCAGUUGGUGGAGUACUUAAAACUCAAACCAGAUGGGCUGAUUUUCUACCUGAGGGAAGCCUGCCCCAACCCCAACAUGCCAGCCUCUGCAGCACCAGUUCCACCCACACACCCCUCCGUGAGCAGAAACCUGGGCCCUCUCAAUGCAGAUGGAUACACCCCAGACCCUGUUGGAGUAGGAAAAUCCCGGCUGCUGCCCAUGGACACCAGCGUGUACGAGAGCCCCUACAGUGACCCUGAGGAGCUGAAGGACAAGAAGCUGUUCCUGAAGAGGGACCACCUGAUGAUUGAUGAGGUGGAGCUGGGCGCAGGAAAUUUUGGCUGUGUCAAGAAGGGAGUUUACAAAAUGAGGAAGAAGCAGAUUGACGUGGCCAUCAAGGUGCUGAAGAGCAACAACGAGAAGACAGUGAAGGAUGAGAUGAUGAAGGAAGCUCAGAUCAUGCACCAGCUGGACAACCCCUACAUUGUGAGAAUGAUCGGGGUGUGCGAGGCCGAGUCGCUGAUGCUCGUGAUGGAGAUGGCUUCUGGAGGGCCCCUCAACAGGUUCUUGGCUUCCAAGAAGGAUGAGAUUACAAUGAGCAACAUCGUGGAGCUUAUGCACCAGGUGUCCAUGGGCAUGAAGUACCUGGAGGAGAAGAACUUUGUCCACAGGGACCUGGCAGCCAGGAAUGUCCUGCUGGUCAACCAGCACUACGCCAAGAUCAGUGACUUUGGGCUCUCCAAGGCUCUGGGAGCUGAUGACAGCUACUACAAGGCCAGGACAGCAGGGAAGUGGCCCUUGAAGUGGUACGCCCCCGAGUGCAUCCUCUUCCACAAGUUCUCCAGCAAGAGCGACGUCUGGAGCUACGGUGUGACCAUGUGGGAGGCCUUCAGCUUCGGGCAGAAACCCUACAAGAAAAUGAAGGGCCCUGAGGUGAUCAGCUUCAUAGAGCAGGGCAAGCGCAUGGACUGUCCCCAGGAGUGCCCAGCAGAGAUGUACUCCCUGAUGCAGCAGUGCUGGACAUACAGAUGGGAAGAACGUCCAGGGUUUGUGGCUGUGGAGAACACCAUCCGCUCCUACUACUACAGCAUUGCUGCCAAACCUGAAAAUGGGCCAGACCCAGGGGACAAGGCCAAAGCAGCUCUUCCCUGAGACUCCUCCUCUGCUCCUCCACCUGCCCUGAAUGGGCCUGGAAAGGCUCUUUGUGAAGUUUUGCUUUA